UUCAUUUCUACACCGGCACGACGAUGACUAGUCUAAGCAACAUCACGGCGCCGCCUCCGCCGGGUUCCACCCCAGCCGCCGCUGCUUCUCGAGGGUAGCGUCAGCCCUCUCAAGUCCGCGCCUUGGUUGUUAUAGCUGGAGGGACGGCUGGUGUUGUAGUUGAAACAGAUUUAUAUCCUAUUGAUUGAUACAAUAAAGGCACGGUUGCAGUGCAUCUGCUGUGUUUGUUGGACCUUUCCAGAGAACCUCAGUGCUGUGGAAUGAGCCUUCCAAGCAAAGGCUUUUGAGGACCUUUCCAGAGAACCUCAGUGCUGUGGAAUGAGCCUUCCAAGCAAAGGCUUUUGAGGACCUUUCCAGAGAACCUCAGUGCUGUGGCUCAUCUGGCAUGGCUGGUUCUUUCAUUCGUGUACCCACUGAGGUUGUUAAGCAACGAAUACAAACGGGCCAAUUUACUUCUGCCCCUAAUGUUGUCCGAACGAUUUUUGCCAAAGAAGGAUUUAAAGGUCUCUAUACGAACAAAUACUUCUGCAGCAGCAGCAAGAUCACAAAUACAGUUGAAGAUUCCCUCAUCUCCACUUUCACGAAAAGACCCUUCUGCUUGGAAUCCCCAGAGCUUCAAGAAUUGAGCUCAAAGCUCACUCCCCAACUGGUUGAAACCGUCUUAAAGUCAUUGAGGAACUGGAGAUCGGCUCAGAUAUUCUUCCAAUGGGCCUCCAAUCAACGUGGUUACACGCACAACUGCUAUGUGUACAAUGCCAUAGCUGAAAUCCUAGCAACUGCUCGACAAAAUGCCCCACUGAGGGAGCUUGCUGUAACUUUGACUAAAACAUCGUGUUAUUGGACGCCAGGGGCUUUUGGAUAUUUUCUCAGGUGUCUAGGUACUCAGGGUCUAGUUGAAGAAGCUAAUUCGUUGUUUGAUCACAUGAAAAUGUCUGCACUUUGUGAUUUGAAUGGCUAUAGCUAUAAUUGUUUAUUGGAGGUUAUUGCCAAAAGCGGUGAUGUUGUUCUAUUGGAGCAUAGGUUGAAUGAGAUGAGAGAGUUGGGUUGGCCCAUCGAUAAGCAUGCAUUGACACCAGCUUUACAAUGCUAUUGCAAUGCCAACCAAUUCGAUAAGGCGAUUUUGGUUUUCAAUGAUUUGACUAAAAAGGGAUUGGUAGAUCAGCAUAUAGUGGCUAUUUUGGUUCUGUCUUACAGUAAGUGCAGGGAAGUUGAUAUGGCAUUUGAGUUGAUUGAGUGGGCUGAAAGGAAUCUCAAGAUUAGUUUGAAUGAGAAAACAUUAUGCAUUUUAAUCCAUGGCUUUGUGAGGGAGGAUAGAGUGGAUAAAGCUCUACAACUGUAUGAUAAAAUGAAGAAACAUGGAUAUUUUCUUGAUGUUCCCAUAUAUUAUGUACUAAUUAGAGGUUUAUGUAAGAAUAAGGCGAUAGAGAAAGCCCUAAUGUUGUACAAGUACAUGCGGGUGUCAGGAAUUCCUCCUGAUGUGCAAAUAAUUUACCAGCUUUUGUCAUGUAUACUGGAUGAGAGAGACAUGAUUCAAUUGCUUGAAGAUGCUUUGAUGGAUUUGGACGCGGGGAGAAGGCUUUCGUUGUUUACUUCUGUUUUGAAAGAUCUCAUUAACGGUGGAUAUGAUGAUAAAGCUUACUGCCUGCUGAAGGCAUGUACAGGUUCUAGUCUGAAUGAAAACAGUCAGGAAGGUGUGACAUCUUUAACAAAGGUAAAGCUUGAUUCAACUUGUUUUGAAAUUGUCAUUGGUGGCUUAUGCAAUGCUGGUAAACUAGAUAUGGCUCUAGACUUGUUCCAUUCUAUGGAUCAAUGUGGUUGCACUUGUACUGUUCUACUUUUCAAUAAUUUGAUUCAGUGCUUGAGCAAUGCCGAUAAGUUGAAUGAAUGUUUUAAUCUCCUCAAUAAGAUGAAGGAGACAGAAAUCCACCCUACGCACUUCACCUAUAACUGCAUACUUGGAUCAUUAUGUAGGCAACUGGAUGUUGUCGGAGCUAUUGAUUUGUUGAGGGAGAUGCGUUCUUGUGGGCAUGAGCCUUGGAUAAAAAACUAUACGCUGCUUGUUAAGAAGCUAUGUGAAGAUGGAAAGGCAGAUGAAGCAUAUAGCUUCCUUACUGACAUGAGCAAAGAAGGAUUCCUCCCUGAUAUGAUUGCAUAUUCUGCAAUUAUUGAUGGUUUUCUGAAUGACAAUGAACUAGACCGUGGUAUGGAGCUAUUUAGAGAGAUUUGUGGACAAGGUUAUUGCCCUGAUGUAGUGGCCCAUAACACUAUCAUUAAGGGUCUUUGUAAGGCUAAAAGGAUAAAUGAAGCUGAAGAUAUUCUGAAAGAGAUAUUUGACAAGGGACUUGUCCCAUCAGUAGUUACAUACAACUUGUUAAUUGAUGGCUGGUGCAAAGAGGGAAAUGCUGAUCAGGCUGUUUUGUGUUUUUCGAUGAUGAUAGAACAGGAAGUGGAACCAAAUAUCAUUACCUAUACAACUCUAGUAGAUGGAUUGUGCAGUUCCGGAAAACCGGAAGACGCUCUUAAUCUUUGGAUUGAUAUGGAGCAUAAGGGAUGCCGCCCUAAUAGAAUUUCUUACAUGGCUCUAAUUCAUGGGCUUUGCAAGUGUCAUCGACCAGAUUGUGCUCUGGUCUAUCUGCAGGAGAUGGAGAAGAAGGAUAUGUUACCUGACCCAUAUGUUUACCAAGCUUUAGUAGAAGCUUUUACAUCUGACUCAAACUUGGCCAUGGCUCAUAAAGUAUUGGACAAGAUGUCUAAGCACUCUUGCCCAUAGGUAUGCCACCCACCAAAAAGAAAUAGGCAGACAGAAUCUUGAAGGUUACUGCAGUUUAUACAGCGAAUGGCUCUAGAUGUUCUUCACUCUUUAUGAAGCAGCAGUUAUGGGUUGGUUGAUUGAGCUGUUUCUUUCCCAUGGUUGAUUGCUUUGAAUGACUAUGAAAGUUAUUGAAAAUGGAGCUAUUUAUGUCAUUGGUACCAUUUUGGAGAUUAAUAGCCAUGAGCCUAAGUUACACAUGUCAUUUAUUUGUGGUAACUGGGAUAUUCAAUUUUUUAAUAAACAGAAUCAUAUGCAUACAUUCUUAUUUUAUUAAUUGGUCUAUUGAUUUGUCAAAUGGCAACAUUAUACUAAUACACAUAUUUUUUAGAUCUUUCUACAUAACCAACACUUUUGAGGAUUUAAAAAUUUAGGGGAGAAAUGUGAUUUCACUGAAAUUACUAAUUUACCCUUGUAGUAAACAUACUAUGUUCUAAUACUAAUUUAAUAAUUUUUUAAAUUCUUUUCAUACCAAUUAUCUAUAAAUCCCAAUGCUUAAUUUCUGUAGUGUAUUAGUUAUAUAAACUUUAUUAUUCAUCCUUUGCAUUUUUUAUUAUUUUUAAUGUUGAAUUAUUUACUGUUUAAUCCCAGCUCCCUGAUUAUCUAAUUGGAACAGUAAAAUUCCAUCUAAUUCCAAUUUUAGGGUGUUACAAAGAGCUUUAUAUUUUGAAGAAAGUUUAGUUGCUUGUGAUGUUUUCUUUUUAAAAGCAUCGAGUUUUAGGUGCUGAUGGCUGCGCCCACUCCGUUUACAUUAGCUGUUGAUGCAAAGAGCUCUGCUGCAUUAUCAUUAGGUAAUUUGCACCAAUUUCAUCUAUUAUUUGCUGAAACCAAGUAUUCUGCUCACCACAUGUUCUUUUUAUGCCAUCAUUUGCUAGAAUGUGUGGUUUGAAAUCGAAUCGAGUUUUUGAAUUUAUCAUAUGUUUGUUGAUGUUUUAUAUACUUAACCUUUUGUAAUAGAUGUUAUUAGUGAAGUAACAAGGUAGAGAAUUGAUUUUUAGGAUUGUUCCAUGCAGCAACGAUUGUAGAGGUGUUUUGUGAUGACAAUUUAAAUUAUAUGAUGGAUGCCUUCCAACUGA